AAGAUGCACUCAGGUGUCCUGGCUGCCCUCCUCUUCUGGAGCUGGGCUUCUUGCUGGUCCCUGCCCCUUCCCAGCGAUGAAGAUGAUGAGGAUCGGUCCGAGGAAGACUUCCAGCUUGCAGAGCGCUACCUCAGGUCAUAUUACUAUCCCCUGAAUCCCGCUGGUAUCCUGAAGAAGACUGCAGCAGGCUCCAUGGUCCACCGGCUCCGAGAAAUGCAGUCCUUUUUUGGCUUAGAAGUGACUGGCAAACUUGAUGAUAACACCUUAGACAUCAUGAAAAAACCAAGAUGUGGGGUUCCUGAUGUGGGGGAAUACAACGUUUUCCCUAGAACUCUCAAAUGGUCCAAAAUGAAUUUAACCUACAGAAUUGUGAAUUAUACCCCCGAUAUGAGUCAUUCUGAAGUAGAAAAGGCAUUCAAAAAAGCCCUCAAAGUUUGGUCUGAUGUGACACCCCUGAAUUUUACCAGACUUCACAAUGGCACAGCUGAUAUCAUGAUCUCUUUUGGAACGAAAGAACAUGGCGACUUCUACCCAUUUGAUGGACCCUCUGGCCUGCUGGCUCAUGCUUUUCCUCCUGGGCCAAAUUACGGAGGAGAUGCCCAUUUUGAUGAUGAUGAAACUUGGACAAGUAGUUCCAAAGGCUACAACUUGUUUCUUGUUGCCGCCCAUGAGUUUGGCCACUCCUUAGGUCUGGACCACUCCAAGGACCCGGGAGCGCUCAUGUUUCCCAUCUACACCUACACCGGCAAAAGCCACUUCAUGCUUCCUGAUGACGAUGUACAAGGGAUCCAGUAUCUCUAUGGUCCAGGAGAUGAGGACCCCAACCCCCAACACCCCAAAACACCAGACAAGUGUGAUCCCGCCUUAUCCCUUGAUGCCAUUACCAGUCUCCGAGGAGAAACGAUCAUCUUUAAAGACAGAUUCUUCUGGCGCCUGCAUCCUCAGCAGGUUGACGCAGAGCUGUUUUUAACUAAGUCCUUUUGGCCAGAACUUCCCAACCGUAUCGAUGCUGCAUAUGAGCAUCCUUCCCAUGACCUCAUCUUCAUCUUUAGAGGCAGAAAAUUUUGGGCUCUCAACGGCUAUGAUAUUCUGGAAGGUUAUCCCAAAAAAAUAUCCGAUCUAGGAUUUCCAAAAGAGGUUAAAAAGAUAAGCGCAGCUGUCCACUUCGAGGACACAGGGAAGACUCUCUUCUUCUCAGGAAACCAGGUCUGGAGUUAUGAUGAUACCAACCAUGUGAUGGAGAAAGACUACCCCAGGCUGAUAGAAGAGCGCUUCCCAGGGAUUGGCGACAACGUAGACGCUGCCUAUGAGAAAAAUGGUUAUAUCUAUUUUUUCAACGGGCCCAUACAGUUUGAAUACAGCAUCUGGACUGACCGUAUUGUUCGAGUCAUGACAGCAAAUUCCCUAUUGUGGUGUUAAGUGUCUUUUAAAUAUUGUUAUUUAAAUCCUGAAGAACAUUUGGGAUAAUACUUUCAAGGCUGUGGGAGGGAGGGUUGGGGAGAGGGGAAGAUAUCAGGGAAAGCUUCGUUCUGUGAACAAGCUUCAGUAAGUUAUCAUUGACUAUGUAAUAUCUAUAUGGCUGUGCGUGGCUGGAACCACACUGUAUUUUAAAGUGAUGAAUUUCUGUUUCUCUAAGGAUCACCUGAUUCUCAUGUGCUAUCUAGAAGCAAUGACUGACAGUAUUUCGCACGUCAAAAAUGGAACAUAUGGUCUGUCAGAGAGAGUUAGCAUAAUUUUUAAUAUAUUUAUAAGGAAAUUUUGCAAAGGCAUAAAAGUAAAUCACAUUUAUAUAAUUAAUAAGUCAUCUUUGUGAAAAAGUAUUAAAUAGUAUAAAAAUAGAAUUUGGGGGGGUCAUAUGGUAGCCACAGGAGAACAAAGACAAACCAAAGGGAAGUGUCUGUCUGUAAUAAAUGUAAUGUAAACCACUUUACAAAAAAAUGAUAUGGAUUUUGCAUUGAAAAUAUUUGGAGGUACAUGUACCUCUUCAUAUAGACGCUAAGGACAUAUCAAGGUCAGUAAAGACAGGAGACAGAGACUAAUGGUGAAAACAGUAGAUGUGGCCUUUGGAUUCUGUUUAAUUUUUACUUUUGACAAUGACUCAACACUUCCUCUCAAAGAAGACAAAUAUUUGUUGCAUAUUUGUAGAAGAUAAAGAGGAACAAUCUCUCUGUAUUCAAAUAUUUCAGGUCUUUCAAAUUAUAUCAGAGUAAAGUAUCAAAAUUGUUAUCAAAAUGGUCUAAGACCACAGCAUCACUUUCUCAUAAAUUAUCUGAUUAAGACUAAAAGUAGCAUUUUUACGCAUUUUCAUCAAGAUAAUUGUUUUAACUGUCCAGUUUACCUUGGAUUAUACAGACCAUUUUAUUUACAGAUAGAGACAAAUUACAUCUUAUGUAUUAGAAGGAUAUAUGUUAAAACAGAGACAUCCACGAUAAAGAAAGUUCAAGUAGAUUGUGGUCAUCCUGAGGAUAUGCAACAGUGUAUUUUUCUCUCCUUUUUAAGUAAAAAUCCCUCAGUACUUUUUACAGUGCCUGGCACUUGCCAUUUAUUGAAUAUAUGAAUGGCCAUCCAGGGAAGAACCAUUGUGCUGAGAGAUCUUGUUUA